UCCGCGUAGGGUUCGGCGUAAGGCUGACGUGUGUGCAUGUGGCUAUAAGAGCAUACACAAGGUAGAGUAAAGAGUCGAUGAAGCAGAACGGUCUUCUCCCACGUCUCCCGACUCUACUCGCGCAUCAGCAAGAUGACCUCUCUAGCCGAGACGCAGAAGCGCACGGCGCUGGCGUUCCUCGAUGGCUACAACGAGUUCACGGUGGAAGGUUUGCUCCGCGUGCGCACGGAAGACUGUGUACAUGUCUCGCUGCCGGCGUCCAUGGGACGUCCGGACCGGAAUAAUGAGGAAUAUGCCAUGUUCUUCCACCAACUCGAACGCGUGUUGAAGAAUUUCAAGAUGACGACCCUCAAAAUCCUUAACGACCCAGACCAGCACAUGGCCGUCGCACACGCCAAAGGCGAUGGCGAGACGCCGGUGGGCGCUUACAAGAACGAGUAUGUCUUCUUUUUCUACUUUACCGAAGAUGGGACGAAGGUGAGGCGUGUGGAGGAGUUCGUCGAUACGGCGUUUAAUGCAGGGCUUCUCCCGAAGCUGAGCGAGUAUAUGGCGAGUAAGGCGGCGGAGGCGCAGAGGUAGGACGGGUAUUGUAGCGUGUUGUCAAUGGGGAUGGCAAAUAACGGACAGUCUCUGCUUCGUUCCUUGCUUGCGUGAUGUUUUUUGUGAAGGCCUCCUACGGAGUGCUCAGUCAGCGUAGCUGUUUAGUGUAGUGUGCGUGUGUUUCAACCACUGCCAGCCUGUCCAAGCGUAGGUGUGUCCAUCUCCUGAUAACAUUGUGGUUCUAGCUAUCGGUGUUCCUGACAUUCAAGAUACUGCUCUUGCACUUUCACUGCGUCCAUCCUCCGCCAGCACAUGGUCGUUGAUGGCAUCAAACUGUCUCCUCUACACGCCUCAUCACCACAGUUCUUCAUGCUGCCGUGCUAGGGCCGCCUACGAUAGGAGCCAGUGAUCAUCAGUAGGCGUGGCAUUAGUAGGCCGAGCGGUCACCGUUGCGUCGACUCAUCAGCAGUAUAUACCUACGUAGCCUGACGGCUUAUCGCUGUUACGGACAUCCUUCUCCAACG